AUGCUUGCCCUCACAGCUUGCAUUAGAAUCAAUGACCGUAUUAGGCCAUUUAGAUAUCAGCACAACGUAGAGGAUGAUGACAACUGGAAGAAGACAUUCCACACAAAGUAUGGCGAUUUCGAACUUGACUUCGAAUAUAACGAUUAUGAAGAGGAUGAUGAUAACUGGAAGAAGACAUUCCAUACAAAGUAUGGCGAUUUCGAACUUGACUUCGAGUUGAACGACGAAGAGGAUGAUGAUAACUGGAAGAAGACAUUCCAUACAAAGUAUGGUGACUUCGAACUUGAUUUUGAAUUAAAUGAUGAAGAUGAAGACAACUGGCAGAAGAUUUUCCACACAAAGUAUGGUGACUUCGAGCUUGAUUUCGAUUACAAUGAAGAUGAAGACGAAGACAACUGGCAGAAGAUUUUCCAUACAAAAUAUGGUGACUUCGAGCUUGAUUUCGAUUACAAUGAAGACAAAUCUGUUGAUGAUGAUAACCUCAAGAUUGGUCUCUACUACAAGCUUCCAGGAUCAUGGGGUAAGAUUGGCUUCUCAUAUGAACUCAACGAAGAGGAAUAUGAUGACGAUGACAACCUUAAAUUAGGUCUCUACUACAAGCUUCCAGGAUCAUGGGGCAAGGUCGGCCUCUCAUACGAACGUAAUGAGGAAGAAGAGCUUGAUGAUGACAACUUAAAGCUUGGCAUCUACUAUCACCUUCCAAUCUCAUUAGGAAAGAUCGGCAUCUCAUACGAACUCAACGAAGAGGAAUAUGAUAACGAUGACAACCUUAAAUUAGGUCUCUACUAUAAGCUUCCAGGAUCAUGGGGCAAGAUUGGUCUCUCAUACGAACGUAAUGAGGAAGAAGAAUAUGAUGAUGAUAACCUCAAAAUCGGAGCUUACUACCACCUUCCAAAGUCAUGGGGAAAGAUCGGCAUCUCAUAUGAACGCAAUGAUUACGAGUAUGAUGAUGACAACCUCAUGGAACGCAAACCAUGGAUUAUCCGUCCAUAUCAACCAAAGAUGUGA